UCGGGUCUUGCUCAGGAGGAGCCGCAGAACCACGCGGGCUGCGCUGGCCCCGCUGCUCCCAUCCACAUCGCACUUAAAGAGUCAGAAUACCCCGCCGCUUGGUUUUUAUCCUGCUCCUUUAUGUAGGGACGUGGCCGUUUAAGGAUUAUUCUGUGCUAUGGAAACAAUAGCUGUCAGCUUAGUGCUCCUCAGCCCAGUUGCAGCUCACUUAAUGUGCUUUUUUUUUCGUAUUGUGAGCAGACUCCUAAUGAGGUUAUGAAACGAGCCUGUGUCACAGCGAAGUCCCACCCAUCUGCUGUGCUGCUGAGAUAGGCCACCCAUGAUUGCAUCCUGGGGAGACUGAGGUAGCUCCCUGCACUGCCAUCAGCUGCUCCAGAGACACUCGCAGCUCCUUUAUCUGUACUGUUAGGUGCCUGAUAACCUUCAAGUUUUCCUCACUUUAAACCACUAGAGAAAGAAGAAAGGCCUUUUUUCCCCCGCCUCUUCAUUUAUCCCAAGAAGCUUUGCCAAAGGAUAUGUGCAUCUGGGAUAACUUCCUUCCCAUUCUUGCAUUUUCAGCCCUGUCCAAAGGAGAUAGUUUGAGGUAACAUCAUACUUGGGACUAAGAUAUGGAAAACUGUGACGUGGUGAAAACUGCACAAGAAAUCCCUUCAUCUUCUGCAGACUCUGAUGUCAGAAAUACCCACAGCUCUGUCUGUCACUUGCAUUGUAACAGAAGUCCCUCAUCCAAUCCCAAUGGAGUUUCUGGUUACUCAGGGAAUCCCAGGUCCUCAUUAAUGCCUGGUUCUGUUGAGCUGCUUGCCUCCUUUGUGCAAGAUCUCCAGAACGCUGGAAAUGCUGACUCAGAAAUUGUGAAGAGCUGUGAGACAAGGUGGCUACAGUUCUUGAGACUGGUAGAAAAACAAUGUCAGGAACAAAUAGUUGCCCAGCAAGAGCAGUUCCACCAUCAAAUUCAACUCAUUCAGGAUGAGGUAAGGCAGUUGGCAAAACUGCAGAGCAGCAACUGGGGCACCGGCAAGAGCAGAAGUUUGCCCACCAAGCUCACAGACACUUUUUCAUCACUAGGCAGUCAGAUGGGGAUGCAUUCUGAAAUCUUUAAAGAACAUGAAUGUGUUGUCAGUCAACUUGGAUCUAAUGAAGCGGAAAGUCAGCCAAAUGCCUCUGACCUGCAUCAGGAGGGUUUUGGAAGUGAUGCUUCAAUGAACAGUGGGUACGGUACACUUUCUGCCUCCGAACUGCACCCUGGCAGACUGGACAACACUACCAAGUGCACAGACUACAUGGAGAAAACUUCCCAGGGACAGAGUGAUGCAGCUGUAGCCAGUGUUCAAAAUAAAAGGGAACUUUCACCAAGAAAUAAAGAGGAAAAUUGUUCAUCGGGAAGGAAUGAUGCUUUAAUUUUUCCUACUGAUUUUGAACAUAAAGUUGAUGAAACUCAAUGUGGAAAAAAAGCUAGUAAAUCUUUAACAUCAUGGGCACAAAAACUGAAACAAAACCAACCAAAAAGAAUAAAUGCAGAUGAAGUGUGUGUAAACUCUAUGCAAGAAAAUGAGAAGGCAAAGAAAUUACCCCAUCAGAAUACAAACCUUUCUGAUGCUGCUUUGCCACCUUACACUUUUUACCUCAAUCAACCGAAUGAAAGUCCAAAUUCCUUAGUGUCUGAAGCUUCAGGACUUUCAUACUGGAAAUUAGAUGAGAAGGAGAUGUAUCACCCUUUACCAGAGAACUUCAGAAGUGAGUUUGCUGAUAUUUUCUCUACAAAAGCAUCACCAGAGCAGUCGUCUUCUGCUGAUGAAACCAAGUUAUCAUCAUUGAAGGAUAUUUAUCAUAAAAGACAAAGGGAAAACAAGCAGCUGCCAGACCAGAAUUUUAUGCCUUCUUCCCAGUCAAGUCACCCACCAGAGAUCUUGACAUUGGACCCAACCCUGCACAUGAAACCAGGGCAGCAGAACCCAGGACCCCGUUUUAUCAGUAUUCCUGAAGAGACUGCUCCUUUUUCUCCAGACUCUAUGGCAGAGCCAGGAUUUUCAAGUCAUUGUGACACAGACUCUUUUUCACAGACAAGUAAUUCAUCUCAGUUAAAUGAUUCUCCAAAGCAUCUUGCCAGCAGCAGAGCUGCACGUUUGGACCUCUGGAGAAAUCACCCGUUCCAGAAUGAAAACAAGACCAGCUCUCCCUUUCCAGUGGCAUAUACGGAUGCUGACAAUGAUAACUUAGUCAACACUCAGGAGGAAGAAACACGAACUCUCACUCCAUCUUCUAUUGCUCAGUGUGCUGACAGCAGUUUGCCAGAAUACAGCCUUUCAGUGACAUCUGUUGAAGAUCCUGUGAUAAUGUCAAAGAUUAGGCAGAACUUGAGGGAAAAACACGCUCGGCACAUAGCUGAUCUACGAGCUUACUAUGACGCUGAGAUACACAGCUUAAAACAGCAGCUAGAGGCAAGCCAUAAAACUGCUUCAUCCGAAGACUUGAAGAAAAUCAGUCAAAACCUUGCUGACAGGUGUGACCAAUUAGAUGCAGCUCUGAACGAAGCAAGUGCUCGCAUAAAAGACCUUGAAAAUAAGAAUGCUAUGCUGGAAAGGCAGGUGGCAGACUGGCGAGACCGCUUCUACACGGUCAGUCAUAAUUCCAAAGGUUUGCAGGAACAUAUGGAAGAGAUGCGCACAAACAAUAAGGAGAAGGAUAACACCAUCAGUCGGCUAAAAUCGAGGCUUCAAGAUCUAGAGGAAGCCUUUGAGAAAGCUUACAAGUUAUCUGACAAUAAAAACACGAGGCUGAAGGAAGAAAAUAAAAUGUUUCAAAAUCUUUUAGGAGAAUAUGAGUCCCUUGGAAAAGAACAUGAAAGAGUAAAGGAUACGCUAAAUACAACCGAAAACAAAUUGCUUGAUGCAAACACACAGAUAUCUGAUUUGAAAAGGACCAUUUCAAAACUUGAAGCUCAGCUCAAGCAGGUAGAACAUGAAAACAUGCUGAAACUUCGACAUGUAACUGAAAGUCGUUUCAGAACCUCCUGUGCCAACAAGUUGGCAACUCCUGAUGUCAGCAGGCGGAAGUGGUUGAUACCAGGAGCAGAGUAUUCAAUCUUCACUGGCCAGCCUUUGGAAGUGCGGGAAAGCUCCAAAGAUAACAGACUAGAAGAAACCUAUAUUCCUUCCAGGCACCAUUCUCCUCCGGAGAAAGACUCCUCACAAGAAGACUCUUCAACAACCACAUCAGAAAAGAAAGAAAUGGAGAUGUCAGAAGCACCAAUUAUAAAAGCCUUUAAAGAACUUGAAGAAGGAAAAUCAUUUAAAGAUUGGGGUACACAGACAGAAAAAGAAGAUGCAUCAGCUAAAACACCAAAUCGACGUCAAACUGUUGGGUUUGUUGAAUCUUCUUUAGUGGCUAACCGAUCCCCAGAGAAAGGGAAAGACCAGCACAGACCAAAACGGUACAGCUCCCCUUCUGGCCAGAGGUCAUCGUCCCUUCCUCCUCCAAACAGGAAAUCAAAUACUCCAACAAGAAGAGAGAUAAUGUUGGCACCAGUGUCUGUGACAUACAGCCCAAAACGAUCUCCAAAAGAAAACCUCUCUCCUGGAUUUAGCCAUUUGCUUAGCAAAAAUGAAAACACAGUAACAAGAUUUGAUAUACUUCUAGAUGACCUGGAAGCUGGUCCUACAUCUACUUUACAGCACAAUAAUACAAGAAAAAGGCUCCAGUUCCUCUCACUAGAUGAUACAGAAGGAAGGCAACACUCAGGUGUCAGAGACAGCUCUUGUGCUGAAUCCAUCAAUACUGGACUGAAGAAAGCGACAGCCUGGGACGAGAGGAGUGUAGCACAGAAAUAUGAGCCAGUGCUGCCUGCUUGCGAGGGGGACUUCAAAUACACAGCAAGGAUUAGGACUCUGGCUGAAACAGAGAAACUUUUUGAUGAGCUAACUCAGGAAAAGCAACAGAUUGAGGCUGCAUUGAGUCGAAUACCUUGUUCUGGUGGAAGAAUGACCUUGCAAGCAAGAUUAAAUCAGGAAGCUCUGGAAGAUCGCUUGGAAAGGAUUAAUAGAGAUUUGGGGUCAAUACGCAUGAUUCUGAAACGAUUCCAUGUUUUACAUACCUCUGCAAACCUCUGACAAUUCUCUCUUUGAAUGCAAAUAUGCUUUUUUUUUCCCCCUUGCACUAAUAUGUAAUUAUGCACUCAGUAAAUGCAAAUGGUUUUGUAUUUUUCUAAACCCUCAAUAGUAGUUUUACAACCAUGUUACCCUUUACCAAGAGCAAUAUUUUGUACUUGGAGCCACCUAUAUUUUGAACAUAUUUUUGUUACACUUGAGAAAAUCAAUGUUUAUCCUGUAUUGUAAUAUUUUUAGAAAUAUUAAUUAUUUUUAAAUAGUGAUAUUGAAUUUAUAAGAAGAAUAUGAAACUAAAAGGCAGCUUGUUUUCAGAAAAUGAGUGUUACUGGUUUGCACUGGUUUUCCUCCCCAUUUUAUAAGUAUUUAUGGUAUGAUGUAAAUAUUAGCCAAUAGGAAAUUUUGAUCUUUAAUACAAAAAAGCAACCUGAAUUACCUGUGUAAAAGAACUGUGUUAUGUUGUGAAUCCUUUUAAUUUCAACCCUAUAACACGGGUACCUUUCUUUGUGACAAAACUGUGAGCAACACUUUCACUAUGGUUGGUUGGCUGCAGAAUGAAGUGUGUGUUCUGCUGGUCUGGCUGCAUUAGGAAAAUAUGGCUCUAAAUGACUUGAUGUCUCCCAACAGUUGCAGUGAGUAGUGUUUUGCUACUGCAGGUACCGGGAUCCGUGGGAGCCUUCCCAUCUCGACUCCAGCCACCUCUCCAGGACUGUAACUAUUCAUCCCGAGCUACUGUUUUAAUGAAACAGGCUAGGUUUUGUGCCAUGCCAGUGUUCUGGUCACCUCCAUUCCUGGAUCAAAUCCAAGCUGUAUUUGUGAACACACAUGCAUUUUUCUGGGUGAAAACAAUACAUAUUUGCUAUUGGCCUAUUGCUGAAUGACAGUCCAACUUUGAUAGUUUGUAUUUUAAUAUCAAAUAAAGGUUUAAUUAGAUUCUUUC